AAUGCGUCUGGAUGAAAAAAGCGCGCGCGCGCAACAGGAGCGUGCCUUAAGAAUCCCAACCUGCGCGUUUCUCAUUCUCAGAUCUGCCACUAUUCUCACUCUGGCACUAAUAUUAACUGUUUUCUCCAUGCUUCAGCAAUGAAUCUUUCAACCAACGAAAGCGACCCUUUUGGUCGGAACGAGGAGGUGGCCAAGCUUGAGAUCACGGUGCUGAGCGUGACCUUCGCCGUGGCUGUCGCGGGCAACCUCAGCGUCCUGGCAGCGAUAUGCAAGACUAAGAAAAAGCCGUCUCGCAUGCACCUCUUCAUCAAGCACCUGAGCCUGGCAGACCUGGUAGUGGCCUUUUUUCAAGUGUUGCCGCAGCUUUGCUGGGAGAUUACAUUCCGUUUCUAUGGGCCAGACUUCCUGUGCCGGAUCGUGAAGCACCUCCAGGUUUUGGGUAUGUUUGCAUCCACUUACAUGAUGGUGAUGAUGACGGUGGACCGCUACAUCGCUAUAUGCCACCCACUGAAGACCCUGCAGGAGCCCACACGCCGGUCCUACGUCAUGAUCGGCAGCACGUGGCUGGGCAGCCUUGCGCUCAGCACCCCACAGUACUUUAUCUUCUCGCUCAGCGAGAUACGCAAUGGCUCGGACGUCUACGACUGUUGGGGCCACUUCAUCGAGCCGUGGGGCAUCCGCGCCUACAUCACCUGGAUCACAGUGGGCAUCUUCCUCGUGCCCGUCGUUGUGCUGAUCAUAUGUUACAGCUUCAUAUGCCACAGCAUCUGGAGGAACAUCAGGUGCAAGACCAGAAAUAGGGCGUGCAGAAACGGGCUAACAGGGAACAGCUCGGUGAGCAGUGUGACCACCAUAUCCAGAGCCAAACUUAGGAGCGUCAAAAUGACAUUUGUUAUCGUGCUGGCGUAUAUAGUGUGCUGGGCGCCGUUUUUCAUCGUGCAGAUGUGGUCAGUUUGGGAUAAAAACUUCCUCUGGGACGAUUCAGAGAACACGGCUGUGACACUCUCAGCCUUGCUGGCGAGCUUGAACAGUUGCUGUAACCCCUGGAUCUAUAUGAUCUUCAGUGGUCACCUUCUUCAGGAUUUCACACACUGCUUUCCCUGCCGUCAGACAAUACAAAGAAAUGACAAGAAUUCAGACAGCAGCAUACGGAAGACCACUCUACUCACCAAGAUCUCCAAUCGUAGCGCCAUAUGUGGUUUAAAUGACCUUGAGCAUUCCUUGAAAUCUACUCGGUUGGAGACGUGAUGCUUUUAGAGUCACGUGUUGUCAAAAUCCUGUGGGGAACUGGGUAAUCGUUUGUGUGUAGGCUAUGCAGUAAAUCUGAAGAAUACAGAAAGCACAAAAUAUAUAAUCAUCAAGAACAAGAUAUUUCUGUGCCCGUCAAAUGAACUGGUUCAAUUAUUGUGGCUCCAGUGAGCCUAUACUGUUUCUUUUUCAAGCUAUCAUACACUACUUUGAAAUACAAAAAUAAAAUAACCUUUAGUCAAAAUACAGUUUUCUUACUUUUAAAUAUCUGUAAAAAUGUGCAGAAGUGGGAAACAAAUGUGUUAUUGACUGUGAUGUAGUGCUCCGUGUUCAUGGUCUUCUGUGAACUUGUUUUUUUUGUUUGUUUGUUUGCUUGUUUAGAAGAUAUAGACAUAGUAAUCUCCUGUGCCAAAAAUAAUCUGGUUUCAAUUGCUUAUAUUGAAAGCAUGAUACAUGUAAUGAUACCACAUUUCAGUCUUUAAUGAAAUUUUACAACUUAUGUGCAAUUUUACUGCAUUAUUUAUUUUAAAGUUGUUCUAAUGAAUUUAACUCAUACAAUCAACUAUCACAUAGGUGCUAUUGUGAGAUGCUGUUUACCAGUUAAUGCCAUUUUAUAUAGAGAAUAUAAUUGUGUAGAUAAUUGUGUUCAUGUUAGCAAUCUUUUAUCUUCCUACACAGAGAGUUAGAUUUAUUUUGUCAGGUUAACUGUGCCUUUAAAUUCCGAUUUAUCUUGUUGUUUGUUUGUUUAAAAGCUGUAGUGAAAGUACAACUGGAUUUCUAAAUAUGGAAUUUUUUGUAGCCCAGAUCAGAUAUUCUACAUGAACAGUUUUAUUAAAGUGUAACAUAUUUAGACAUCAAGUAGAACCAUAUAAAUUGAAUAAUGCUGUCUGUUGAUGCAAGAUCUGUUGCCAAGUGUUAUCUAUAGCACAACCUCCCAAGUAUAAGCAUAAUGCUGUUUCUAUUUGCAAAAAGAAAUCACUAUUUUCCUUUGAUUGUCCUUCUCAUAGCAUUGUGAAUUGGACCUCAAGAGUAAUCACAGGCUUGAUCUUUGUUAGUCCCCACUCUCUUUGUCACAAGUGUGUGUGCUGAAGCAGGAUGCUGUGCGUGAUGUGAUGAGAGGUGAGGGGAUCGUUAACAUUAGCAUGGUCACAAAUGAAACUUUAUUCUAAUAAUGGUUAGAUACAGCAGAAAGUGUGAUAUUUUAGAGAGUAGUUUCAUUAAGAUCAUUUGAAAUGGAAGAUUUCUCACUACCAGAAUAACUAGCGUGAUAACAAUGACACAAAAAAGGUGUCUGCAGUUUGAACCUCUGUCUGAUGGAGUCUGUUGAGCUCCAGGAAAUUUCUACUGACAUUGAAGAGAGGCUUGUCGUUAGUGAAAAGAACAAACUA